AUGGGCUGGCAUUGCAUUGCCCGAGACGCUGCCUGUCCCAGUACCAGAAGCCGACCAGAAUAUUCUUCCGGCGCAUGCUCAUAUCGAAGACCUACACAGUGCGGGCUCGGCCGAUGCACAACACGUCUUCCCGACGCGAAGCCCAUUCACCCCUCGUCUCCUCCCGCGUCGCCCGCGCCGCCGCGAAAGCGCCAGCGGACGGGGACCGUCAACGCACCCAUCACACUCUCAUCAGAUGCCCACAACGAAGACUACACCGAACCAGAGCCGAGGGCUGACGACCACGUCAAAGUCGUCUGCGCUUCGAAACUGUACAACAACAUGCCUUUCCGACAAAAGGUUAUCAAGGACACGUACAUCUUCUUGCGGCAGAUGCGACCCGACCUUGUGCCUUGGACUGCUAGCAUAUGGGAUACAAACACCGCGCGUGACGGCACGGUACUUGGCGGUUGCAUGUUUGCCCAAGUUGAUCCUGCGAAGGCCUACAAGCAAAACAAGCUCGUGAAGAGCCCCGGGAUAGUUCUGGAGGAUGGGAUAUAUGCUUGUGUAGGUUGCAUGCUGGUGCACGAGCUUCUCGACAUACUUCGUAUGCUAGAAAAGGCCUAA